AUGUCGACGAAACCUUCCACCGCGCCGCUCCAUUGGUCAGUCUUCAGCCAGGUCUAUCUCAUCGACGGCAACAUUAUUCGGAAGUACCCUGCAGAGGGUUCCUACCCAGAGUGUCCUACUAUCGCCAUCCGCAAUGAAAAGGUUGCGUACGAGCAAAUAGGGAAUCACCCUCGCAUUGCGAGAUGGAUCCCUUGCGAGGAUGACGAGUAUAUUGACCUCGUCUUCUAUCCGAAUGGCAAUCUCCUGGAGUACCUCCAUCUGCACCAGGACGAGAUUCCGCGUGACUUGGUGGUCCGAUGGGGGCAACAAAUCAUCGAGGCUGUCGCCGUGAUCCACCCCCGUGAGAUCAUUCAUUCGGACCUUAACCUCAAACAGAUUCUGGUCGACGACGAGCUCAACGCCCGCCUGUCUGAUUUCAAUGCGUCGUCCUGCCUGGGUCAGGUUGCCCUUGGAUACGAAAAGGCGACGCAUUUCCUUCCCAGAGAUCCAAGCGGCCCGAACACCGUCCAGACAGACUUAUUUGCGCUCGGUUCAACACUGUACGAACUCGUCUACCUCAAAUCACCACACAGUGAACUCUACCCCCAGCCGCCCACGGUUAAUGACCGUGAGGCCCUCCGAGCUUGGUGGGCACUUCAGGAACAGGCGGAAAAAAAAAUAGAGGAACUUUUCAGCCAAAACAUAUUUCCGGACGUGUCAGGAUCCUUCUGUGGCAACACUAUCCGGGGUUGUUGGGAAGGAAGAUUUACGUCGGCCGAGGAAGUGCUCUCAUCGUAUACAAGUGAAACAAGCCUGUCCACGGCGGAAGAGAAGCAUCGUGCAUGA